AUGGCACCUCCAGCUGAUGAUCCCAGCAUCAGAACAGGCGGACUGCAAAGUCAACUCGGCGCAGAUGGAAACCCCAUCGUCCAUCCCGUCGAAGUCGACGCGACCAACGGUCACGUCAACCCUCCGCCGCCACCGGUUCCUGACGUAGAAGCUCCCGUCACGACCGCCGCGUUAACCGCCGCCAUGCAAGGCUUUGCUGCUCAAAUUGCUUCUCAAUUCGCCGAGAUGCAAGCUCAGCAGCAAAAGUACAACGACAAGAUCGACUCCCUCCACGUCACCAGCGACGGACGAGUCAUCCCGACGGGACGAACUCUCUUCCAGACGCCGACAAGAAGCACCGCCGCGACUGGCUCCAAUGCCGCGACGAAUGGUGAGAAAGACACCGACCCGGAAGUGGCCAAGCUGCGCCGCGACCUCGACGCAAUCAGCUCCAAAGUGCACGACGCUAUCAGCUCGUCACCCGAGAUUGCCAAAAUCCUCGCCGAGACGAAAAGGAGUCCUUUCACUCGUCGCAUCGCCGCGAUACCUCUAAAGGAUCAAACGGCUCUCCGUCUUCAGUUCUACAACAAUGGUGACGAUCCUCGAAACUGGCUAAGAAACUUCGAGAUGGCCAUGAGAAGGCAAAAUAUGCCUCCCCCGAAGAACAAGACGCAAAUACUGUCAAGUGUUCAUCGAGCACAUGAACAAAGACGCGACGAGCUGGUUUUCGAACCUUCCCUGCCGAGACCAUCGACAACUUUGAUGAUCUCAGCACGGCAUUCAUGA